ACUCAGGACUUGGACGCCCUAGUGGCCCGGGACCGAGACCUUCAGCAGUUGAGGCUGGGGCUAGUGGUCCCAGCAGCCCGGCCCCCACCCUCCUGGCAGCAGCGCCAGGAAGGCUUUGACAAUUACCUCCGUCUGAUCUAUGGCUCUGGCCUGCUGGGCAUGCAGUUUGGAAGGGAGUCCCAGCAGUGGAGCACCGGGACCCUCACAGUAGAGAGAGAGAGCUGGGAUGUGUGUGCCCUACCCCAAGCUGCCCACUGUCUUGCCCAGGGUGAGGUCAGCACUGCAGGCCAAACAGUGCCAACAGCCCUGUCCCCACAGGACCUGGGGCCCCUGGACCAGCACUUCUCCCAUCCUCCCCGAGUCACAGUGCCGAUCCCACCCACCCACCGUAGGGUGCACAGCAAGGCAUCCCAGCUUUUGGCCCGCUCCUCACUGAGCCACUGCCUGGGUCUCAGUCUGGAUCUACAGCUGCAGUUGGAGCAGCUCCGAGGGAGGAUGACCGUAGCCCUGGACCUGCCAUCCUCCCACCUGCAGUGCAGGAUCCCACUGCUGCCAAAGAGACAGCCCAAGGAACCUCUUUCUAGCCUUGGGGGCUUCUUUCCUGCCACCGUGCAGCCCCACAAGUACUGCCUGAGGCCUAUCUGCUUCCCCGGCUAUGUGCCCAACUCAGUGGCGCUCCGGCAGAUGUGGCUAAAUGCGGAGGUCAGCGGCCUCGGAUCCCUGACUCAGCUCGCCUCCCAGAGAAAGCUCAAGUACCCCAGGCCAUCCCAAGCCCAGUGGCAGAGAAAGCUGCUCCAGCGGCUGGGGCAUAAGCCUGGAGAGGAGGAGGAGGAAGAUCAGAAGGAAGAGGAGGAGAAGGAGGAGGCAGAGGAGGAGCUGGACCGGGCCUCGGCUUCCCUGAGCUCGCACUCCAGCCAGCAGCUGGAUUCCUGGGAACUGGAGGAGCAGAGUGCUGUGGACUGGACCCGGGAGCCCCGGCGGCGCACCUGCGAGACUGCCAGGACCCACCCUCAUCCCUGGCACCGUCAUGGGAGUUUGCUUUCGGAUGAGCAUUACGCGCAUCUGCCCAAGUUUCUGCAUUUCUUCAUCUACCAGACCUGGUUCAAAGAGUUGUUCCCCGUCUUCAACCUGCAGGCAUACCCAGAGGCGGGCACGGUGGAGGGCCUGGCCUCACUGUUGGUGGCCGUGCUGGAGGAGACCACGUGGGUGGACCGUGUGCACAUCCUGCAGGUGCUACUGAGACUGCUGCCCAACAUAAGCAGUGAUCUCCAAGGCCAGCUGCAGGGCCUGCUCAUACACUUGCUCAACCUGGACCAGCCCCCCAGCCUCCAGGUGUGCCCCUUGUCCUGCCCCCAGUCUUCCUUCCUGCCCACCCGCCCUCAGCAACCACAUCCCCUCCGCCUGCCUCAGGACCAGACGCAGAAGAAGUUCGUGAUGCUGGCGCUGCAGCUGCUCCUGGCCUGCUCCCUGGAGUCCCGGGAUGUGGUGCUGGAGCUCAUGUCCUACUUCCUCUACUCUCCGGUGCGCUGCCGGCCAGAGCUCAAGAAGCUGCUGCAUGGGCUGGGCCUUCAGGACCAGGAAGGCUUCCUGUUCAAGGAGAUGAUGACCUGGGUCCAGAGCCCCGACCUGGACUCCAAGGCUGGUUUGCGUACUCGCUGCUGCCAGAAACUGGAGGACAUGAUCCAGCAGCUUCAGGAGACCCCAUCGCAGACUUCAGUGGUCUCUGGGGCACCCACGCAUGCCUCCGUGAUGCCCUCGGGCACCUCCUGGUCACCCUCCAGCAUCUUCAGGAGGCUCUCGCAGGUCUCAGAGGUGCCUUCGAUGGUGCUCUCACCUGCGGAGCCGCACUCUCUCUCCCCGGAGCUCCAGGCCCAGCAGACGCUGGCACCCACGCGCAGCUGGGGAACCGGCCAGCUCGGUCUCAGAGUGCUCUCCGAGACGCUGAAGAGCUUCUGCCUGGAGCCCGAGGCCCGCCUGGGCCCUGCGGGGCCUGCUCAGCUGCCCGAAGAGCCGCCGCGGCUGGAGGAGACCGACUGGUCGCACUCGCAGCUGCUGGACUUGGGCCCCAUAGACGCGCUCAACUUAUUCUGUCAGCAGCUGCGGGCGCAGCAGCGGAGCUCGCUCCAGGAGGAGGCUGCGCAUCCGUACCCGCCGGUGCCCGACACGGUGGCGCCGGUGCCCGACAUGGUGGUGCCACCACCCCGGGAGCACUGGUACCACCCCAUCCUCCGGCUGCAGGAGGCCAAGGCGCAGAGGUCCGCGAGGUGCGCCAUGAGACUGAGGGGCCCGAUGCUUUCGCGGCUCUGUGCGGGCCGCACCCUGGAUGGCCCCAUCCGGACGCUGAAGCUGCCGCUGCCACGUGUGGAGCCGCAGCCUUUCCCCCGGGACUGGCCCACGCCCCCACGCCCGCUGCCCCCGCGGCUCCUGCAGCCCGCCUUGCAGCGCUACUUUCUGCCAGAGGACGCGGACCCUGACACCUAUGGCUGACCGGGCUGGUGGCCUCAGCCUGCCUGGCUCUGGGGCUUGCCAUUGGUAUUUGGCCAAGGCCUGCAUCGGGAAUAAAGUCCAGAGAAUUUC